UUCGUUUUCAGAGCCGUACGGCCAUUUUCUUCACUCACAAGCUGACGUAAAAUAGGAGAACAAUAGACUUAGCCAUGGUCAUGCCAUCCACGGAGAAAUCAAAUGCACCAGUCUGCAGGUUAAGACAGUAUGCAUUAUUACUGGCUUUUCUUUGGACAUCAUUCUGUUUGGUUCUGUGGGCAUUGAAUGGUGGGAUUCAUAUAAAACAAUUUCAGCCCCCCAGACCUGUACCAGUUCCUCGAAAUAACAAUUCAUCCAUAAUAUCAGCGGUUGACAUGGGAAUCAGCGAUGAGGAGUGGGAAAGACUACAGAAGGCUCUGGACUGGCCUAUUCCAGAUCAAGAAAUCACUCAUCUGAUUCAGAGCACAAGUCCAGUCCACUCAACUUUCUCUAUUGUGGGACUCAAAGAGAGUUACAAAGUGGGAGAAAUUAUCUCUGUUAUUAUCACAGCCAGAGACCACAACAAGAACCUGAAAAGAUAUGGAGGAGACUUUUUCAAAGCAAAACUUUUCAAUACAGAGCUAAAG